AUGGCUGCUUCAUUACCACAUCCAAAGAUUGUUAAAAAACAUACCAAAAAAUUCAAAAGACAUCACUCCGAUAGAUACCACAGAGUUGCUGAAAACUGGAGAAAGCAAAAAGGUAUUGAUUCCGUUGUCAGAAGAAGAUUCAGAGGUAACAUUUCUGAACCAACCAUCGGUUACGGUUCAAACAAAAAAACCAAAUUCUUAAUGCCAUCAGGUCACAAAGCUUUCUUAGUCAAAAACUUAAAAGAUUUAGAUGUUUUAUUAAUGCAUACUAAAACUUAUGCUGCUGAAAUUGCCCACAAUGUCUCAGCUAAAAACAGAAUUGAAAUUUUAGAAAAAGCUAAAAAAUCAGGUAUUAAAGUUACUAAUCCAAAAGGUAGAGUUUCAUUAGAAGCUUAA